UCUCGCGGUCCCUCCCUCCCGCACGCCGGCGCUCCGAGGCCGAGCUUCCUGCGUCCCCAUCCUGGUCUCGCAGCUGGUGGUGCGCCCUCUCCGCCACCGCCUCCCUUCGCCGAGAGACCCUCCCCGCGCCCGGAGCCCUAGCCCCGGGAUCCCAGUGUCCCGGAGGAGGCAGCCCCGGGGCAGGCGGGGUCGUGGAGACCCUAGCCCCCGACCGCUGGACGGAGACCGACCUGGACCCGCCGCCGCCCGGAUGAGUCCGUAACUCAAGAUUUUAGCAUGAAGAGUCAUUCUCCAGCCUUCCUUGAGCCCCCCAGGUAACAACAGACCCCUCGGCUGCAGCUGUCCGCCCGGAACGCCUCUCAUUUGAAGGAAGCCAUCCCUGAGAGCGUGGCUGCUGGUUUUUUCAGUAUAGCGCUCGGGAUCCCGUUCAGUGUGCUCAAAGGGUUUUUGUUGUCGUGGCUACUGCGGCUUUCUAUUUAUUUAUUUUCUUUCUUUGAGCCGGGCCUGGCCCUGCUGCUUGUGGGCAAGAUGGCCCAGUCUAAGACCAACGGCUCGCACUAUGCACUGACCGCCAUCGGCCUGGGGAUGCUGGUCCUCGGCAUCAUCAUGGCCAUGUGGAACCUGGUACCUGGGUUCAGUGCCGCCGAGAAGCCGACAGCUCAGGGGAACAAGACGGAGAUAGGCAGCGGCAUUCUGAAGAGCAAGACCUUCUCCGUAGCCUACGUGCUGGUUGGGGCCGGGGUGAUGCUGCUGCUGCUCUCCAUCUGCCUAAACGUCCGCGACCAGAGGAAGCGGCGGCAAGGCGAGGAGAUGGCGCACAUCCAGCACCCGCCAGGGGCCGAGCCGCAAGCCCAGGAGGAAGACAGCCAAGAAGAGGAGGAAGAAGCCUCCUCGAGGUACUACGUCCCCAGUUACGAGGAAGUGAUGAACACGAACUUCUCAGAAACCAGGGAACCAGACCAGAGCCCGAGGAUGAGCAUCUCUCUCCCUUCCUAUGAGUCCUUGACAGGGCUUGACGAGACGACCCCCACGACAGCCAGGGCCGACGUGGAAGGCAGCUCGGGGAAUCCACCCAGUAGGCAGAACUCCAAGUUGGCCAAACACCUAAAACCACUGAAAGUUCGAAGGAUUAAAUCUGAAAAACUUCACCUCAAAGACUUUAGGAUCAACCUCUCGGACAAAAAUGUCCCCCCUCCCUCCAUCGAGCCUUUGACUCCCCCACCACAGUACAAUGAAGUCCAGGAGAAGGCCCCCAAUACCCGGCCACCUGACUGAUGGUCCUUCUCUAGCGUGUUCCCUCUUGUCACUCACCCUCUGCACCAACAGACCCCAGUGAUGCCGCUCCAGCCACAGUUGAGAAGCGAGGGGCCAGGUAUAUGCUUAGCAACUUGGGUGGGGGCAGGGGAGUCCUGUGAUUUGGCGGCGAUUCACAUUCACAGAACUUCAUGUAGCAGGUGCAUCAGAAAGAGAUGCUGCCUCGGAUCCCAUGAUGCUGUGGACCCCAUCUGGGGACGGCGUAGGCAUCUUCCCCAUCAUCUUUCCUCAACUGAAUCGCUAGUGACAACACGCCUCUCUCUAACUAGGAAAGGGUACCUAGCAGCUGGUUCAGAUUGUGGUUUUGUUUUGCUUCCACUUGGACUGUUUUGUUUCAAAAGGAAAAACAAGUUAUCCCUUUGCUUUCUUCACUAGAGUCCUGAACCGUGGUUUGGAUACAACUCAGCUUUGUAGAAGGGACACGGAGCCAUUUUUGUGAAUUAAGCAAAACAAAAGGCUAGAUGAUGAGGCCCAGGUGGGGUUUUCAGAGCCCCCGAUGCCACUGGUUCUUUGAGGGCCUAAGGCCUGAUGACAUAUGAGAUCUUAGUCUCGACUGGUACACUCAACUAGGCUCUCCUGUGUAAUGGCAGGAAGGGAGAGCUGUAUGGCAGCGGUUUCUAACCUUUUUGGCCCCAGAGACCGGUGCUCCUAUGAGAAUCUGAUGCCCGAUGAUCUGAGGUGGAGCUAAGGCGGUGAUGCUGGCGCUGGGGAGUGGCUGCAAAUCCAGACGAAGCUUCACGCACUCGCCUGCCCCUCACCUCCUGCUAUGCAGCCUGGUUCCUAACAGGCCACGGACCAGUACCAGUCCGUGGCCAGGGGUUUGGGGACCCCUGCUGUAUGAGAUGUUCUGUUCCUUCUAGACUGCCGUGCAACUGAGCUUUUAUAAUAAAAUAUUUUAUAUGGAGUA